AUGCUCCUCGUCAAUGCUAUGGUCGUGUUGGCCACAGCUGUCAGUGCAGCGCCAUUUGUUGAACGCAGUAUCAACAGCACCAACUGGACUCCGGAGCAUAUUCUCCAGCCAGGGGAGAUCAUCUUGUACGGAGAGGGCCGAAUGGAGGUUGUUCAUGAAAGCGUCUACAACGAGCUUAUAGCCUCGCAGGCGCUCUCUGAGCACCCCGGCGACUUCACCGACGCCGUGGAAACCACGUCUGCCCACAGCACCUCCAAGCUUCACACCCGAGACUCCUGUGACUUGAUCACAGCAGUGAUCACGGAUCGAACCCAAACAUUCGUUGACUGGGACGUCCAAAUGUCGCCCGUUGUAAUUGGUACCGGGAAUGGCAUGGACGUCUCCGUGAGUUCGGGAUACACCGUGGGCAAUAGUAUCAGCGUGAGCGUCGGACUAGACUUGAAUUUGAUCAAAGAAAAGCUGGGCGGCUCGGCUGGGAUUGACUACACUCGUACAUGGAGUACACAGACUGUGAUUACCGUCAAGGGGACUGUUGCCAAUGGCUAUUCCGGUGUGAUGAUUACCAAACCCAUCAAGACACGCAAGUCUGGACGGGUGUUGAAGGGUUGUCUUGGGUCGCAGACUCAGACGGGAACCUUUUCUGCUGAUUCCUACGAGGAUGGAUCUUACUCUGGGGUCAAGUGGGUAUCCGGAGCCAUCACAAUGUGUAGCAAGAAGGAGUUUCCAUUGUCUCGGUGUACUGGGAGUGGGAACUUUGUCUGA